GUCCCCUUUAAUAUUGUCCUUGAAAGGGAAGAACAACAACACAAAGCAGUACAAAGUACAUUAAGCAUUGAUUUUAACUGGAUUAUAUACUUAACAGAAACUCGUCCUGCCAAAUUCUCACUCACUGUGUAAACGCCAACGGGACACGCUUCUGACCAAAAAAACCUCGUUGAUUUUCUGUCAUGGCUGAAGUAAAGAUUCGUCGCUACCAUGAAGAUGAUGAUGAGGAUGUAAAGGAGAUCUUCACCCUGGGAAUGAGCGAGCAUAUCCCAUCCUCCUGCAUGCACGUCCUUAAACAGCCCUUGACUCAGAUGUUUUUGGGAUGUAUUUUUCUUGCAUUACUGACCAGCGCAGAGUCCAUUCUUUUGCCCGUGUUAGCAGUCACACUCAUUUUGGCUGCAGGCAGACAGGGUAUAAACUACAUGUUCACACAGUACAUUCAGGUCUCGCUCAAACGAGAUCUCAGUCACAUACGGCGGACCUACCUGGAGUCACCUGACUCCUGCUUCUGGGUGGCUGAGUUCCAAGGUCGUGUUGUGGGCAUAGUGGGAUGUUUACCUGCGGAGAAUGUCAAGAACGUCGGAAAGUUCUUGGAACUGAAGAGGAUGUCUGUUAGAAAGUCUCACCGGGGGCUGGGGAUUGCCAAAUCACUUUGUCGUAAAGUGGCAGAAUUUGCUCGUGAAUGUGGUUGUCGAGGAGUUUUGCUUUACACAUCGGUGGUCCAGACAGAUGCACAGAAGCUCUAUGAGCAUAUGGGCUUCCAAAAAGUCAGAGAAUUUGAUGCACCAGAGGCAGUUGCCAAGCUUACUAAUUUCACAUUGAUGGAGUACUGGCUUGACCUAAAACAGCAAGGUUACUGAAGUUAAGUCUUCACCAAGAUCACAGGCAGUUUGGUUAAAACAGUAAUAUUGUAAGUCACUGAUGAAUACCUACCUCUGUCUACCUUUUUAAAAAAACAUCAGUCUUGGAAAAAAAAAUUAAACAAUAUUCUUAUGAGUAAAAAUAAAAUGUCCCAAUCUUGUUUAAGCACAGCUUGAAAGGAAUUAAAAUGAUUAUCAUGCCAUUGCUUUUGGUAACUAUAAAGUUUUCAUUUGAGGGACAUGUACUUGGACUUAGUUGGCUAAUAUUUAUUUAUAUUAUUCAUUAAUACAUAGCCUCUUUCAUGGUUCAGUAAAUGUGAAAAACAGUGCAGUUUCCUGGAAAGUAUUUAUGAUUAUGUUUCAUAUUUUCCCCUUUGUAGCAUUACAGCAAAAAGUUUUAUGGUGUGGAAGGGUCUUUAAUAGACAGUAAUGUCUGGCUUUAUCAUGCUGGUUACAACAAAAGCUCCUAGAGGAAAAUGUGUCGUCUCUGUAUCUACAGCAUUCCUCCAGUCCUAUGUAUUUCAACUUUCUCUUUGUGGAAAAGCAAAAUAAUUUGUUUUUAAUUUAUGGAAAAGAAUGAAAAAGUGUGAUUUUAACACUGAAUGGACCAUUAGCAUGCAAUGCAACAUGCUUGUGAUUUGUUAAAUAACAAAAAUGCAAUUUGCCAAUAAAAUAAAUCAAUACA